UCAUAAUAGCACAGCUUGCUGGGUCCUUAGAGCCCCCCUGGGAACCUCCUGGUUGCGUAAUUAUAUCCUCCCUACUCAAGGGUAGAGAUUUGUGGUCCCACAAGGAUGGAAACUGACUACCUGAAGAGGUGCUUCGGAAAUUGCCUGAGCCAGGCACUGGCAGAGGUGGCGAAGGUUCGGCCCAGUGACCCCAUAGAGUACCUGGGUCACUGGCUUUAUCAUUACAGGAAAACCGUUAAAGCAAAAGAAGAGGAGAGCCAACGGGAGAGCCAGUUGAAGGAAGAACAGGGUAAUAGCCUCAAAGAAACCACAAUGACAGAAAUGCUGAACCAAGAAGCGUGUCAGAUUCAACAGAAGUGUGAAAAGUGUGACAAGCCACUGACAUCUGUAGCUAGUUCCACAAAGAAGACCACAUUCAUACAAGAGAACACAAAACCCCUUGAGAAGGAUGCCUUGAAGCAGGAAUCUCUGCCAGGUACUUCCAAUAUGAUUCCAGGAAUGCCUCAAUAGAGUCCCUCUCCAGAGUCUUCUGGCCAGACUGGCAACUGUGUCAAAACUCCCCAAGAAAUAAAUUCCCAGGCUUUUCAGCAUGAAAUUGCUACUCAAAUGCAUCCUGGUUCCAAAUCUCCUUCUGAAAUUAUCAAAAGGUGGAUGAUUUUCAUGACACUUGUUGUGGAAGGAGGUGUCUUGCAGGAACGGACUCUCCAGCUGAAGUUCUGUUCUGGUAGCCUUGAUAAACCUUAAUCAUGUAAGCAUUUGAACUACUGAUAGGAUAAAAUAAACUCAUAAGGAUUUCAAAUUUUUUGAGAUUAGACAGUGGAAACACAUCCAUCUCACAUGUUCAUGUCUCGGUUUUAGGUGAACCCUCCAGUCAGGCCUAGAGUGUUUAUACAUGUCCUAGAAUGUAUCUGUGUCACUGACAACAGGUAUUUUAAAGCAGCUCCAAUGACAGUAAAGCUCAAA